CUUUCGCCAAGCGUUUCCAUUGGUUUUGGGGGAGUUCCAUGUUCGGCUAACAUCUUUAAUCAGAACCAAUAGUCGCCUCAUGAUCAACGAUUGUGACGUUCAGAAUCCAAAUGAAAAUAAAUACACUGGUGCGGUGAUUCGAGCCCAUUAUCGAUAUGGAUUGCAACGAAGAACUACUGGAGAUUGGUGCCCCUUGGCCCACCGUGAAAUCAAUGCCUAACACUGGAAUUGUUUUCUUCUUACAAUAUGCGUUUUUUUACUUUACCGGCCUUCUUUCCGGGCUAAAGGAUUGUCUUUUCACUCUACCUGUCGGCUUACAAUGGCAGCCUUGUGCAUGCAACGGAGUUCAAUGGGAGCUCAUUAUGGCAGUGGCUUCAGUGUUGGCAUUAAUGAGGAUCGUCCAGGUGACAAAGAGUAGGAGAUACCUAUUGACUGAGAAAGACAUGGCUGAUAGAAUAUCCCAGCUGUUCGAGGAGAAGUGUAACACCCUGGAAGAGUUGUCUGAUAUGAAACGACUGUUAGGAGAAUGCGAAACAAGGGCUGAAAUGCAGUUAGCGAACCUUCAGUCAUCACAGCAGGAAUGUCAGGAACUGAAGAUGAGAUUGAAAAACACUGAGAAUGACCGUGGUGCUGUCAAGGAACAUUACUCUGGGGAUGCCAUAGACACUAGUGUUACCAACACUAAACCCACUAAUGUGAAGAAUGAAGAAAAAAUCAAACAGGGCAAUAAGAGGUGGAAUGCAGUCUUAAUCAGAUCAAAACGUCUGAAAGAGAAGAACAGUGUUUUAAAUUGUAAACUCCAGGAAGCCAACCAAACGUAUGAGCAGACCCUUACAAAACUCUCUGAAGACCUGGAGAAGAUGGAGGAGCACCUUCAAUCUCAACAACUAAAGACCUGUGCUGCUGAACAUGCCCUGGCUGUCGAGAAGCAGGAGGGGAAGAUACUCCGCCAGAUGAUAUUUGAACUGACCAACCCGGACAAGGACAUCUCCUGGAACAAGAAGCCCUAUGUGGCCCAAACCUCCCCCGUGAAUACCUUCAAGGCCGUGCCCUCCCAGGAUCUGUUUGGCCGACCAACCAAAACCAUGAACGCCUCCAACCACAAGCAAGACCUGACUGAGGUGUUAGCAAAAGCCACCGAUCUAACCUCCUCAGCGAACAAAACACCUGCCACAAUGACGAAUGAGAAAACAACAUUGAAGAAUGAGAAAAGUACAGGACAAGACCCAGGAUCUCAGUGCUUUUCCAAGCCUGCCACCCAUCAGGACCGCCGACGGCGGUACUGCUUCCCGUUCAGGAAGUGGUUCCGGGUGAGCAAGUUUUUCCCGCAGUCUUCAAGCAAAGAUCCCGUGGUCAAUGUCUGUCCUCCUGGAACUCCUGAGGCGCUCCACCUUGUUGUCGACUCGCCUUAGUGGUUCUCUCUCGUGCCCUUUUAUAGACAGCUGAUGACAUCCUGCAGCUGGAACA